AUGUCUAGUCCAGACUCCACUCCAGGCAUUGGACCUUUGCAUUGGGAUCCGCUACUGAUUGUCUCAGUAGGGAUAGUUUGUUUUAUCCUUCUGCUAUUCAGUUACUUCAAGAUUAUACAGACGCGUUGCUGUGGAUUUCUAUCUGUGCAGUUCUACAGAAAUCCAAUUCAAAGGCGUCAACUAAACGAUCAUAUUCUUGAAGAUCAUGAUUCACAGCUCCAAAGUCGUGGUCUAGACUCCUAUAUUAUGCAUUCACUACCAAUCACUCAGUUCAAGAAGAACGACGAACAAACUACUAGACCAAAUAACUCAGAUUGUGCAGUUUGCUUAGGUGAAUUUCAAGAAGGUGAAUGGCUGAAACACUUACCUUAUUGCUCUCAUGUCUUUCAUGUUGCAUGCAUUGACACUUGGUUUCAGAUUCAUUCAAGCUGCCCACUAUGCAGAUCAAAUGUGUUUAGUGUCAAAAUGCAGCAAGGACAUUCCAUUACUAUGAACACAUUACUGGAAACUCUGAGAAGGGAAGAUUUCAAUCGUGAACGAUCAGUUCACAAUGAGGAUAUCCGGUCACAGAUAUUACAGAAUCAUUCUUUCUAG